AUGUUCUUCUUGCUGAAUAUGGGUCACGGCCUCACUGCUGUGAUCCUGACCUCGGUCGUCAUCACUGCGACUUACCUCUACAUCAAGCUCAGUGAGAAAAGGCUCAAGCAAUAUGCCCAUCUUCCACAGGCGAAGGCGUCGCUUCUGUGGGGUCACCUCAAGCUGUUCGACGAAUACACCAAACGUGGAAAUCACGACCGCCAUCCAGAUGCCAUCAUGGCCGAAAUCCACAAGGAUAUCGGAUCACCUCCUUUCUUCAUGCUCGACAUGCGGCCAAUUAACCCGCCCACAGUCGUCAUCGCCAAUUACGAGCUUGCAGAGCAGCUUUCAAGACCAUCCAAAGGGUUUCCUUAUAGUGUGCACAAGGCACCAACCACAGUGCGCAUGAUCCCUUUGAUAGGCUCAAAGGCAAUCUUCUUUCACCAGAAUGAAAGUUGGAAGGGAGUCCGGAAGAGAUUCAAUCAAGGUUUUGCCCCAGCCCACCUCAUGACUCUCCUCCCAGGCAUCCUCGAGAAGACUGUCCCUUUCUUAAACCAUCUUGAUGAGCGCGCACGAAUAGGCCAGCCAUUUAGGCUAUCUGACUUGACUACUAACUUGACGUUUGAUAUCAUUGGCACUGUUGCCAUGGAUGUCGAUAUGGAGGCCCAAAAAGGCGAUGCUUCUCAGCAGGGGGAGUUUGUUCGCCGCUUCAAGGAACUCAUCAAGACCUAUGCAGAUGACAAGUUGUUUUUGCCCUGGUGGCUCAUACCCUUGACUGAGAUAAAACGCCUUCGCCUCUCAGUGUUCAUAAACAGGAGACUAAGAGAGAUCGUAGACGAAAAACUCAAGACAUUACAUUCUGCUCCUUUAACAGGCCGCUCACGUACGAUUCUGACGUUGGCGCUGCAAGAUGUUGAACACAUCACACCCGAGAUCCUAGAGGAAGCCUAUGACCAACUCAAGGCGUUCCUCCUAGCUGGCCAUGAUACGACUAGUGUUCUUAUCGACUGGUCUAUAUAUGAGCUCUCCCGUACACCACAUGCUCUCAAGGCCGUUCAGGAGGAAGUGAAAACACUUUUUGGUUCCGAUGCAUAUGAUCCACGCGCCAUUUGUGCAAGACUUUCAUCUUCGGGAGGAGCAGAGCUGGUUCAUCAAAUGACCUAUAUCUCGGCUGUUAUACGCGAAACUCUUAGACUGCACCCACCGGCCGGCUCAGUUCGUAUGACGAUGCCCAACUCUGGAAGCACAUGUAUUGUUUCCACACCUCAGGGCGAGUACUGCCUAGAUGGCACCUGGAUGUACAUCAACCACACUAUCAUCCACCGCGACCGAGCCGUAUUUGGUGAAACGGCGGAAGAGUUCCGACCAGAACGCUGGCUCGUUGGUGGUGGGACCAAGGGCACUGGAGAUGACGAGUCUCUUUUCAUGGCCUCGUCAGGCUCUUUCCCCCCUGGUGCCUGGAGGCCAUUCGAGAGGGGCCCGAGGAACUGCAUCGGGCAGGAACUUGCAAAUAUUGAAGCACGCAUCGCCAUCACCAUUCUGGCCCACAAAUAUAAGUUCUCUAAAGUCGGCCUUGGAGAGUCAGACUUGGAUGAGAAGGGCCAACCAAUGUUCGAUAACAAGGGGCAGUACAAGACCAAAUCAGAGCUAUAUUCCACUUUCCAAAUCUCUGCUAGGCCUGUCGAUGGCAUGAUAAUGAAAGUGGAACUGGCCGAAUCUAGCUUGGAAACAUCUGUCUAG